AUGGCUUCCAUGUCUGCUGUUAUAGCUGUCCUCGCCGUAGGCGUGUUGACAAUAUUCUAUUUGGGCAUCAGAAGGAUUGAGAAUAGUGGAGAACACGGGAAAGAGGACCGUAAAGCGCUCCUCAAGCUUCCCCUCAUCGGCGAUCUCCAUAGCUCCCCUAUCGAGAGGCCGCUGGCGAACUGGGAUUCAUGGGCCAAACAGAAUGGUCCUAUUGCCGUACCCAAACUGUUUGGGAUCAUCCCCAUCGUUGUGCUGAAUUCGUAUGAAGCUGUGACCGAGCUUUUCAGUCGCCGCAGCCAAUGGUACAGCAAUCGCCCUGCCUCGGUGAGCAUGGAGAUGAUCACUGGCGCCGAUCCAGGGCAGUCCCGAUUCACUCUGAUGCACGACUACGAUGAUCACCUUAAGCUGCAUCACCGCAUUCUCUCUCCCAGUCUCGGUGCCCCCGCUGCUUCAAAGUACCAGCCCCUGAUGGAGUUAGAAGCCAAACAGCUGCUCUUCGAUCUGUCCAACGCCAUUCGGAAGACCCCGGUCAUCAGCACUGAUGCUAUCUAUCCUCUGUUGGAACGCACGCAGUCAAGCGUCAUCCUGGCUCUGCAUUAUGGCAUGCGCAUUCCGCGCUUCGAGGAACCAAUUCUGCACGAGGUCAUUGACGCUCAAACGCAGGUGACCCAUCUCGCCGCCAACCCGGGCCUGCCAGAUAUCAUCCCCCCGCUGCGCCAUCUUCCGGCCUUCCUGUCCCCAUGGAAGCGUGCUGCCGACAAACUCUUCGCUGCCCAAGUCGACCUCUACAUGCGUCUAUUCCGCUACGGCAGAGACUCGGCGGGCUGGAACGCCACGAAGCAGGCCAUCUCGACUGCCGAGAAACACGCCCCCGCUGGCUCGCCGGUCCAGGAUCUUGACCUCGCCUUCACUCUCGCGACUUCAAUCCAGGGUGGAAUGGAGACCUCCCCACGCCAGCUGCUGUGGCUAUUCGUCGCCGGACUGCACCAACCGUCCUUCAUGGCCCGGGCCCAUGCAGUUCUCGAUGAAGUCGUCGGCCGGGACCGCCUUCCUCGCUUCUCCGAUCGCUCUCAACUCACAUACAUCGAUGCCGUGGCGCACGAGCUGUUCCGCUGGCGACCGAUUUCUCCGGGCUCGAUUCCUCGACGUGCCGAACAGGCCGACGAAUUCAAGGGAGUCAAGAUCGGCAAGGGUGUUACUGUGAUGGCCAACGCGUGGGCUAUCGGUCGCGACGAAAAAGUCUUUGAUCCGUCGCUCGGUGAUCUGCAGGACUUCACGCCCGAGCGGUGGCUGCGACAGGACAACGCCGACGCAGAGGUCAAGUUACGGACGGACCUCCCGCUGCCGGUCUUCGGACAGGGCCGACGGAUCUGCCAGGGCAAGAGGGUCGCUACGGACGGAACCUUCAUGCAGAUUGCUAACUUGCUGUGGGCGUUUGAUGUGGAGUUGGUUGAGGGAGAAGCGGUGGAUCCGUGGGAGAUGGUGGUGGUUGGUUUCAUGACUAUGCCUAAGGAGCUGAAAUUCAAGCUGAAGCCACGAGGGGACUGGGUGUUGGAUGUUAUUCAAAGGGAGUGGGAAUCGGCUGAGAAGAGCUUGGAUAAGGUAAUGGGCACAACUCAGGAUGUUGAGUAG